AUGAACAAGUUGGCAUCCUGCUUCCUCCGGCACGGAGCACCAUCCGCCCAAAGCUUCAAGUCCUACCAUGUUCAGAGAUCCCCUUCGCUGCACUCGCUUCAGAGACGAUCCGUUUCCAUGCCCCGAAGCCGCACUGCGGACCAUGCUGCCACAGCCGCCAAAGCCACCAUCGCCCCCCUUGUCAACACGCAAGGCGCCGACGUCACCGUCGUCAGUGGCACCAGCUUCGAUUUCGAGCGCUACCUGUCGGCCAAAGCCAGGGCCGUGCACGACGCGCUGGACCUUGCCCUGCAGGGCCUGCCGUGCCCCGAGGUUCUGAGCGAGUCCAUGCGCUACUCCGUCCUCGCGGGCGGCAAGCGCCUCCGCCCCGCGCUGGCGAUCGCCGCGUGCGAGCUCGUGGGCGGGCCCGCGGCCGCGGUCGUCCCGGUGGCCUGCGCCGUCGAGAUGAUCCACACCGCGUCGCUCAUCCACGACGACAUGCCGUACAUGGACGACGACGCGCUCCGCCGCGGCCAGCCCUCCAACCACGUCGCGUUCGGCGAGCCCACGGCGCUGCUUGCGGGCGACGCGCUCCUGGCGCUCGCGUUCGAGCACGUCGCCCGCGGCAGCGCGGGCGCCGGCGUCCCCGCGGACCGCGCGCUUCGAGCCGUCCUGGAGCUCGGGAGCGCAGCUGGCGUGGGCGGCAUCGCCGCGGGGCAGGCCGCCGACAUGGCGAGCGAGGGAGCCCCCUCCGGUUCCACGGCGAGGCUCGUGGAGGCGGCGGCGGUGUCGGGCGCCGUCGUCGGCGGCGCGGGCGACGGCGAGGUCGAGCGCGUCCGUCGGUACGCGCACUUCUUGGGUCUCCUCCUCCAGGUGGUGGACGACGUGCUGGACGUGACGGCCACGUCGGAGCAGCUGGGGAAGACGGCGGGCAAGGACGCGGCCUCCGGCAAGACCACGUACCCGCGGCUGAUGGGCUUGGAGGGGGCGCGCGCAUACAUGGGCGAGCUCCUGGCGAAGGCCGAGGCGGAGCUCGACGGGUUCGACGCCGCGCGCGCGGCGCCGCUGCGGCACCUCGCGCGGUUCAUGGCGUACAGACAGCACUGA